AUGAGCAACCCUAUGUUUCACCAAAGACCUUCUGUCUAUCAAGAACCAAUUGCUCAGAUGUCCUCUGCUGCUUCCACCGUUGUUACUGGUAUGAUCAACCCCUCGGAUCCAAGCACGCUUUUAUCCCCCAAUCAGAAUCAGGACCCAGGCUACAUCCUUCACCCCCAAUUCGAGCAGCAAUCUCAGCCACAGCAGCAGCAGCAGCAACAGUUCAUACACACUACUGCUGCACUUCAAUACAUUCAUCACCAUCCCUCUAGCGGCCUUCCUCUCCAGACUUACAUCCAGGUGUACUCUUCACAACAGCCACCGCAGCAGCACCAGCAGUCUUUCCACCAGCACCAUGGUCGACUGGAUCAACAGCGUUAUCCUGUUUAUUAUGUUACUGCUCCACUCCCACCUAGGCCCUACAGUAUGCCUGUGCCACAAUCUGCAACUGUUAGCGAGGCUCCAGGUUCUCUGUCUUCUAACCAUCUCCAGGCACCUCCCAACUCUACCAUGAUGCCUCCACCUCCUAGCAACCACAUGAGAAGUGUUACUGGUGCCAAACCUGAGAUGGGACAGGCUGGGAUUUACACAACAGCCCCAGGUGUGAGCGGUGCUCAGAUAAUUCACCAGAUUCCAACAAGCCAGCAGCAAUUCAUGGGGUAUUCGCAGAUCCAUCACCCACCUCAGUCGGGUUCAGCUGGGAUUCCUAACUAUGGAUAUGAAUACGCUGACAAUGCUCAUACACAAAUAUACUAUACCCAACCUCUGGGACACGCACAGUACCAGACAAUGACCGGACCUCCACCUGCCAUGGUGAUGCCUGAUGGUUCUGCUGCUGCUAAGCUUCCAGCUGAGAACAUGACUCAACAGAUACGGAGUUCACAGCCAUUGUGA